GCUGUGCCAUCCUGAUGACCUGUCAACGUCGCAGAGAUGAUGGCAGCUUGACGACAUGGACGUAUGAACUACUCGGACAGCGUGGCAACGUCGUCCGCAGCUUUGGAUUGUCAUGGAGCUGGAUUGGAUUCAGGCGGAAAGAGAGCUGCUGCUCACAUCAAGCAGCAGGGAGCAAAGGAAGUUUUCGAGGAGCGCUCGAUGAACAAGCAAGAGAACAUUCCUGACAUCACCGAGGAUGGUAAGUGUGGAGGCUCAUCGGGUACGCCGAACCGAAUGGCAAGCGAUGGAGGGCGGGAGGAAGUGGAGUGUGCUAAGGGGGCGGAAGGGGAAGAUAAAGACAACAGCAGUGGCACCCAGGAGAGGGACAAUUCAUGGCAGGUUCCAGCAGAACGGGGAACGAAUGUUGGGAAGGCCGAAAUUGUGCCAUCGGAAACAUCUAUGGCUAUCAUGAUCAAGGGCGAGGAGCUGCGUGGGAUGCUUGACCGUGAUGUUCACAGCUGCGUGUUCUGUGACAUCGCACGUGGUCGCAGGAGAGCCUGCAAGCUUCAUGAAGAUGAUGUUUGUAUUUGCUUCCUGGAUAAGGACCCUCUUGCACCAGGUCAUGCUCUGAUUAUACCGAAGGGCCAUUUCUCUUCCCUGAGAACAACGCCCGCUGAAGUGGCAGCGGCAAUGUGCGCACUCGUUCCUAGGUUGAGCACUGCCAUUCUUGAGGCCACUGGGUGCGAUUCUUUUAACUUGCUCGUGAAUAGUGGCAGUAACGCCGGUCAGGUCGUGUUCCAUAUGCAUUUUCACAUCAUCCCGCGGCAGAAGGGUGAUGGACUCUGGCAAUCCGAGGCUACCUUCCGAAGACCCCUGGGGAAAAGCUAUAAUGCCGAGGAACUGGCAGCAAUGAUUUGCCGGAAGCUCAUGGAAAUCGGGACGACGAGGACGAGGAGGAGGAGGAGGAGGAAGAAGAAGAAGAUGAAAGGAGGAGGGGAGGAGGAGGAGACAAGAAGAAGGCGAACGGAGGAGGAGGAGGUUGAGGAGGAGGGGCUGCCGGCUAUGUAUGGCGAUGGCGAGAAAGAGGACGGGGAGGAGGAGGAGGAGGAGGAGGAGGAGGAAGAAGAUGAAGAUGACAGGAGGAGGGGGAAGAGGAGGACCUGCCCGUUUUGAGACUACUAUGGGAGCUCCGAAACCAAUCCCGAAGCGAAGAUUGAUUUUCCCGCAGUUCUUUUCAUGUUUGCCUGGAAGGAGUUUACUAUGGAGUCAAGGACUGGUGGGGACCUGCUGAGAAGAGGAGGCUGUGUGGCAUGCCCUCGCCACAUUUUCAUUGCUUCUGCAUCUACGGCGUUGGUGCCGACCAAGAUGCGGGGGUUGGCAAAAAACUUGGUUGAGUCUUUUCCCAUUAUAGUUUACAAGGAUGGGAUGCUGCGAGAGGAUAAGACAUGCUGUGUUUGUCUUGCAGAGUAUCAAAAUAACGAGAAGUUGCGGCAGCUGCCUUUGUGUCUGCAUGCCUUCCAUAUUGAAUGCAUUGACACAUGGCUUUCAACGCAUAUUACUUGUCCGAUAUGCCGUGUGCCUCUCAAGCCAGAUGUCGUACUUGGUAUCCCUCUGUCUGUCACGGGUCUUGACUCGGCACUCCGAAGCCACAGCCAUACAGGCGGCCAGGAUGGGGUUCCUGAUGACCUGCCUUCGGUGGCAGGUGAUAUUCCGGCGUUGAUGCAAGAGUUCGAUGCAGAGGUGCGGAGAACCCCAUCCGGUCGGGUGAACCGGUUACUUGAUGCGAUCACUCUGCAAAGAAGGGACUACUCGACACCCGCUCCCCAAGCGGAUGGAAGAAGAGGGGAUCAAAGAGGUUAUGGAAGGACUCAUGGACGGGGAAGUUGGUUGGACGCGAUGAUUGUUCACAGACGUGAUGAGGUUGAAAGCGGGAGGAGACAACCGUCGGCGCAGAGCAGCGACAGCUUUGGGCGCGACAGGCAGGUCAUGUGGGUCGCACAGUCGCCUGGGGAGGCAGGAAAUGGAAGGCGUAAUGUGGCUGCAAACCGCGUGCGGAUGCAGCAUCAAAUAGAGGAGCAGGAAGGGGAUUCAUUCUUGCCAGCAUGGGUGGUGGAUGACAUGGCUGCGGAGCAGGCUAGUCAGAGUGGGCACAAUCCCCAUCCCCAGCAGUUCCUGGCACGUGAUGCAGGUGGAGCAGGCCAGAGGGAAGAAGAGGGUAGGAGUAGGAUGGAAAUGGCGAUGGCGGAGGCGGAAGAGGUACAGCGGCGCAUUUCCUUGAGGGCCAUGGGCCUGAACAACUUUCCAGAUAUUAACAUGGAGAGAAUUGUAGGACAGAACUCUCCGGGGGCAGCAAGGGAUGCUGGGGCAGUCGGCCGGUUGAUGGAGACUUUGUCACUUCGACGCCGCAAUGACGGGAGCGACGAGUGGGGCGACGAGUGGGAUGAUGUGCGAUUUCUGGAGCGGAUUGUGAAAAUGUAUGAAGACGAGACUAGACAAAAUUCUGGGGGUAGGUUGCGGCGGCUUUUCAGUGUUUUCAAUGUACAUCCUCGCGAUGAGAACUCAGGAACUGCUGAUGCCAAUCCCGUGCGGGAUUUUGAGCUGCUCGAGAACAGUGCACGGGAUUUUGAUGCCUUUGCAAGCUCCAUUAGGAGUACUGAUGGUGUCGUUCAGCUCCACGGAGUAGGUGGUCCAAACUCUGCGGACCCUUCACAGAACUUUCCGUCAGGCGACUCGCCACACGGCUCCCCUCGACGAGGGAUCCUCCGUUUCUUCCGUGGAUUUCUCCGUUGAUGAAGCAAUAGGCCAGCUUGUUGCCAAGAAUGCGCAUUAGCUGUGUGUUUGGUAGCUUCAGAAAGUGUCCGGCUGUGCAUGUUCAUAUGUGCUGUUUGCAGAGCGUUGAGUCUCUCCUCGGAGAGGCAGUCGCCGUUUCUUCUGGAGACUCCUGCAUUUCCAUUCUUAGUGGAGGCAGUGACCAGCUUGUUGGUGUGAAGAGCCAGAAUUAGUUGCAUUUAGUAGUCUCAGAAAGUGCGCAGCUGCCGAUAUUAGUGGCUCUAUUCACAGGGGGUCUUGCGUCUGUGGAUGACAGAGAGCCUCCCUUUCAAGAGGCAUUGCCGGUUCUUCUGUUGUUUUCCGUCAAUUCUUAGAGCCCGUCGCCGUCUAGUCACAGGCAGUGACCGGCUUGUUCUUGACAGAGAGCCUCCCUUUCACUCAUCAGUGCCACCCAUAAUCUAGAAGCAAGUGGAGGUUUCACGGUAGAUAGGAUCACCUCCUAUGAGUAAUCUUCUGCUUCAGCACUGCAUUUUCUCGUUCCAGAGAAAGAGGGCUGCUGUGGAGCCUUUUUAUGUAAUCGGCAAGUGGUAGCUCAGUCAUCCCUUGGGAGGACAUCUCAGUCGAAUGGCGUAGGAGGGAGGGAGGGGGCCCUGUUAUCGCAGGUGCAAGUGGUGGUUUUGUCUUCCAUUCGAUCGCCUCUGUCAUUUUUAUCUCCCAGCUAGUUGUUGUUGGAAAGCCUUGAAGAAAAACUCGAAUCUGCGAUUGUUAGACCUGUGAGUCAGUGUGGACGGCUUGAGAAAGGGCUAACCGCCCGCCCACUCAUCUCCGUCUCUCGCUUAAUUACUGGACCUGUUGGCAGGUUGAAAAAUGCUAACCGGCCACCACUCGUCUCUGCCUCUCGCUUCUGCGGGUCUUCGGUAUUUAGACCGGUGAAAGAGUGGCUCGAAAAAGCGUAACUGUCUGUUUGUCUUUGGCUCUCGUUUCUGUGGAGUAACAAGAGAAGUAUGGCGUAGUAAGACAGCAAGAAGAGGAUGCACGAAGUGUUGCACUGCAUCAUCUCCUCUUGGGCUGUGUGCGUCGGCUGCAUCGUCAGUGCCAGGCCCGAUCAUGUCGUGUUCAUUUUCAGCACAUCGUCUCUCGGCAAUGACUGCGAAAUGAAUUCCGAGGAGCUACUCAACUUUGGCAGGCCCAUGUGACAGUGAGUGACUACUAACUAGUUACCUGACAAGUGUUGGCAAGCUGCAGACGGUUCCACCCGCCUUCUAUGUUGCAGAGAUUCAACUCCUGUUGAGGUUUGACAACUGCUAUAUAUAUAUCUGCACGACAACAUCGUUCCCGCAAUGUGCACCCGCCAUCUAUGUUGCCGAGAUUCAACUCAUGUUGCAAUCCAUGGUGAUUAGGUAUCCUCCAUGUCCUUGUUCUCUUCUUACCUAACUUUCAUCUGCCGUGGUAUCAGCACUACUGGCAGACCACUUUGAGGAGCUGUACAGAUCUUGACUCUUGUUGAAGUAGGUUGCGUAAACUUCCUGCCCGAUAAACCACCAGUAAGUAUUAAGUACCUUUCCCAUAUGUCGGCUGCGGGCAGUUUCAGAAGGCCGAAACAAAAACGGGCCGCCGAU